GCGGCGGCAGGGCUUCGCUUUGCGCCGGCCUUUCCUGCGGCGUAUUCCUCUGUUCGGCUUUCCUGCCUUCUUCGGGUCCCGAGGCCGCCGUGCUUCUUCUCGCGAAGCAUGGCGAUGAAGGCCGUGUGCGUGCUGAAGGGCGACGGCCCUGUGAAGGGCACCAUCCACUUCGAGCAGAAGGCAAGUGGUGAACCAGUUUUGGUGUCAGGACAAAUUACAGGAUUGACUGAAGGCCAACAUGGGUUCCAUGUUCAUCAGUUUGGAGAUAAUACACAAGGCUGUACCAGUGCAGGACCUCAUUUUAAUCCUCACUCCAAGAAACAUGGCGGACCAGCGGAUCAAGAGAGGCAUGUGGGAGACCUGGGCAAUGUGACUGCUGGAAAGGAUGGUGUGGCCAAUGUGUCCAUUGAAGAUCGUGUGAUCUCACUCUCAGGAGACCACUCUGUCAUUGGCCGAACAAUGGUGGUCCAUGAGAAAGAAGAUGACUUGGGCAAAGGUGGAAACGAUGAAAGUACAAAGACUGGAAAUGCCGGAAGCCGUUUGGCCUGUGGUGUGAUUGGAAUUGCCCAGUAAACAUUCCCUGUGUGGCUGAGUCUCAAAUGCAUCUGCUGUCCUGCUAAACUGUAGAAAAACCCAGAACAUUAAACUGUAAUAUUAAAAGUGUAA